AUGACCGUCCCUAUGCUAAAGAUUGGGGCGGUGCUCAGCACCAUGGCCAUGGUGACCAACUGGAUGUCCCAGACUCUGCCCUCUCUGGUGGGACUCAACGGGACCACCGUCUCCAGAGGGGGCACUUCGGAGAGGAUUGUCAGCGCUCUGUACCCGAGCCCGGAGGAGGGCUGGCAGAUCUACAGCUCGGCGCAGGACGCAGAUGGGAAGUGUGUCUGCACCGUGGUCGCACCGGCCCAGAACAUGUGUAACCGGGACCCACGCAGCAGACAGCUUCGUCAGCUCAUGGAGAAGGUUCAGAACAUCAGCCAGUCAAUGGAGGUGCUGGACCUGCGGACAUACAGAGACCUGCAGUACGUGAGGAACACCGAGAGUCUGAUGAAGGUGGUGGACGGGAAGCUGAAGGUGGCUUCUGACAAUCCCCGCAGUCUCAAUCCAAAGGGUUUUCAGGAGUUAAAGGACAAGGUCACCCAGCUGCUCCCCCUGCUGCCAGUGCUGGAACAGUACAAGGCGGACGCCAAGAUGAUCCUGCGUCUUCGGGAGGAGGUGAGAAAUCUGUCCCUGGUGCUGAUGGCCAUCCAGGAAGAGAUGGGGGCCUACGAUUAUGAGGAGCUACGCCAUAGAGUCCUGCUGCUGGAGACCAGGCUCCACUCCUGCAUGCAGAAACUAGGCUGUGGCAAACUCACUGGCGUCAGUAAUCCCAUCACAGUACGAGCAUCGGGGUCAAGGUUUGGCUUCUGGAUGACAGACACUAUGAUCCCCAGCUCAGACAACAGAGUCUGGUCCAUGGACGGUUACUUCAAGGGACGUCGUGUCCUGGAAUACCGCACAAUGAAUGAUUUCAUGAAGGGCCAGAACUUUGUGCAGCACCUGCUGCCUCACCCCUGGGCCGGCACUGGCCACGUGGUUUACAACGGCUCACUGUACUACAACAAGUACCAGAGCAACAUCAUCAUCAAGUACCACUUCCGCUCUCGGAGUGUGCUGGUGCAGCGCAGCCUGAGUGGGGCCGGAUAUAACAACACCUUUCCCUACUCCUGGGGUGGCUCCUCCGACAUCGACCUCAUGGCGGAUGAAAAUGGCCUGUGGGCCGUUUAUACCACCAUCCCCAACGCUGGGAACAUUGUCAUCAGCCGCCUGGAGCCGCAGAGUCUGGAAGUGCUGCAGACGUGGGACACAGGUUUUCCCAAGCGCAGUGCUGGAGAGUCCUUCAUGAUCUGCGGUACACUCUACGUCACCAACUCCCACCUGGCUGGUGCCAAGAUCUACUUUGCCUACUACACCAACACGUCGAGCUACGAGUACACGGACAUCCCCUUCCACAAUCAAUACUCCCACAUCUCCAUGAUGGACUACAACCCCAGGGAGAGGGUCCUGUACACCUGGAACAACGGACACCAGGUGCUCUACAACGUCACACUGUUCCAGGUUAUUAAGACUUCUGGUGACUGAGAACCCUCAGACUGACCCACUCAAAUAAUGCUGUGAUCAA